GACGAAAAUACCGUACGCGUGAAUGAAUGCAUGUGCAUUUUAUAACUUUUUUAACACAGGAGUUUACAUAUUUCGAGGCCAUGCUGUAAGUGCCCAAUUUCUUAUCGAUCAGUACGUUAAUGUGCAUUGAUUAAUUUAAAUUGAAGGAGGGUGAUGACAUCGACCAUGAACCGUAUAUUUCAAAGUCAGUGGGGUCAGAUGCCGAAGAAGCCGAUUGCUAAACAUGUUGAAGGUAUAACGUCCCACCGAUGGCUGAAGGCUGCAGGGAUUGCCAUUGCUAUCGGACUUACUUCUGAACUAGUUUACUUCCUCUACAAAAGGUGGAAGAAACGAAAAUCAGAAGCUGCUACUCACAGUGAAACUAAAGCCAUAGAAGAAGUCUUGUUUUUUCCGGACUCACAAAUCGCAUGCAAAGAUCAUUUUGUCGGCGAAGAUGGCUGUAGCAGAGAGAAUUGUCGGUUCACACAUGAACACAACUCACUCAGCCGACUGUACGAGUUUAUAGACGGCGCUCGUGAAACACUGGACGUCUGUGUGUUUGUGAUUUGUUGUGCGGACCUUGGGGAUCUGCUGAUACUGGCACACAGGCGACAUGUGAAGGUUCGGGUCAUUUGCGAUGAUGAACAAAUCGAUAUCACAGGAUCUCAGAUAUGGAAACUCAGAAAAGCGGGCAUCGCCGUACGGACAGACAACUCCUCGUACCUAAUGCACCACAAGUUUGUCGUGAUUGACGGGCACACCCUUCUCACUGGUUCCUUUAACUGGACGCGUCAGGCCAUUUCCGGUAACCAGGAGAACCUGCUGGCGCUCAACAACCGCCGGAUCGUCCGACUGUACGGUCGCGAGUUUGAGAAAUUGUGGCGACAGUUUGAUCCACGCAAUCACACUAAUAGUGCUUUGCAUCGCAAAUCCGAGGUCCCCUAGGUCGAAACCUGAGUUGUGCUCAGAUCAUAGGAUUGCUUAAUCGUUUAAUUUAACGCGAUUGUGUGUGUUCCCAGAACUACAGGCUGUUAUUGUAUUGCUGUUGGCUUAGUAUAAUUUCUAUAUCUAGAGGUUGUUCAUUGAAUAUGUAUGUGCCAGUAGGACACAUUUCAUGAAGUUAUUGUUUGAUGAUGUUGCAGGGCAUUUUGAACUGAAUACUUCCUUACUCAUUGUUCCAAGUUGCAUUGGUAUAUCACGCUAUUUACAUGUAUGUAUAUUAAACAACAAUAUAAAAAUGUUUAUAUAAAACCUGCAUAGUUACACUUGUAAAUAACUAUACCACACACUUGUUAGACUUCAACGUGUCGUUCAAAGAACCGUGCGAUGCUAAACCUUGGUGGUUAUAAUGGCUCUGAAGAUAAUGGUUUAAAAGGAGAUUAACGACGGCAAACAAUACAGAAAAUAAACUAAGGCAAUUUUAACACUCUGAAACACUCUAUCUUAGCUUGUCUAGUUUCCGAAGAAAAAUGGGAGGUAAUGUCAUCGUCAUCUUAGUCGUGCAAUUACUUGAAUAAAACCCGGCAAUCGCCAUGCUUAGAUUGUGCUUGUAAAUAUGAAAAGUUUUGAACGAGACCAUACUGGCUGAUCCGUGGUUAAGUGAUAAGGUACUUUAAUCAGAUUGCAAUUCAGGGAACGCUGGUGCAAUACCGCGACUAACUUGUAGAAAGUACU